UACAGUUAAGCACAAUAAAGUCAUUCCAUUAAAAGUUUUAUUUACAUUAAAAUCGCAAUCUUCAAGCACUCGUUUUACAUAGAAUGGUAGAAACUGAACACGAUCAAUCGGUCAUCGGAAAUUCAAAUGUAAAUAAUAGAAACACGAAUAUAGACGGAAACAAUUCCCGAUCAAUAAACGGGACAAUUUCCCAACCAGCUUUAAUUCAUCCGACAUCAUUAAAUUCUUUUUCAAUUCCACCACUUCAAUUUAAAACUGUAGUCGAAGAAUCUUCAGAUCUUGAAGGAGGUCAUGGAUCUCCCUGUUCAUCCAACAAUAAUUUACCCUCCUCUGGACGGGCUGACUUUGAAGCCGCCAUAGAAUUGGCUGGAUAUGGAAAAUUCCAUUACAUUUUGCUUGCUAUCUGUGGCUUGGUUAGCACAAGCGAAGAAAUGGACGUCAUUUCAAUGUCGUUCAUUCUCCCCGCCGCUCAAUGUGACUUGCAUUUAAACACUCAUACGAAAGGGUGGCUAAACUGUAUCAUUUUUGUUGGAAUGAUGGUUGGUGCUUAUAUCUGGGGAUCACUUGCUGACUCGUUAGGAAGAAAACGAGUUCUGAUUGUCAUCAGCUUUAUGAAUGCUGCUUGCAUUGUCGCAUCAUCUUUUUGUCAGAAUUUUGAGCUUUUCAUGUUAUUUCGAUUCUUAAAUGGCGCGGCACUUGGUGGUGCUGGUCCAGUUAUUUGGAGUUAUUUUGCUGAAUUUCAACCUAAACAUAAACGUGGCUCAAUGUUGAGUUUCAUGGCUGCAUUUUGGACUAUCGGAAAUCUUCUCGUUGCAUCUAUGGCAUGGCUGAUUAUCCCAACUGAAAUCGGAUUCGAAUCUAAAGAUUUUGCUUAUAAUUCAUGGCGAAUUUUCUUGGUGCUUUGUUCUGUUCCAUCAUUUAUUGUUGCAGUUUUAUUGAUGUACUUACCAGAGUCGCCGAAAUUUCUAUUGUCAUGUGGUCGUUUUGAAGAAGCAAUGGCGAUCUUUCGUGGUAUUUAUGUGACAAAUACUGGAAAGGAUCCGUCACAAUAUCCAGUUAAGGAACUUUUAAUCGAUGAUCAAUUGAGAGCUGAACUUGAGGAUGUUAAAAAGCCAAUCAAAAACAAAUACAAAAGGAUGAUCAGUGACAUUGCUGAUAACAGCAAACAACUAUUCCAAAAUCCUAUCCUUAAAUUUACCAUCGUUUCAAUCACAAUUAACUUCACAUUCCACAUUGGAUAUUAUGGAUUAAUGAUGUGGUUUCCAGAACUUUUCAAUCGAUUUGAUAAAUUCGCUGAAUCGCAUCCAAAUGUCACUGACGUAGGUGUCUGUGAAGUAACAAACUUUGUUGUACAAAGCCAAGCAGCAAUUAAUCAUGAAUGUACAGAUCACAUCCCCAGUACCGUGUUUUUGGAGUCUUUAAUAACUGUGGCUGCUGCAUUGCCUGCAAACAUCAUCGCUGUUCUUGGGAUGGAUCGAUUGGGAAGAAAGUUUUUCCUUGUUGCGGGAACGGUUUCAGCGGGUGCAUGUUCAGCUGUUAUGUUCUUCGUAACAAACAAAAUUGAAAAUUUGAUUGUCAGUGCCACGUUCAGUGCUGUCAUAAGUUGCGCUAAUGCGGCGUUAGAUUGUUUAAUUACCGAAGUAUUUCCAACAAGUUUGAGAGCAAGUGGAGUAGCAAUUAGUAUGGUAGCUGCACGAAUGGGUGGCAUUAUAGGAAAUGUUGUUAUUGCAACACUUCUUGACACAUAUUGCCCAGCACCGACAUUCAUCGUCGCUGUUCUUCUUGCAGGUGGUGGUUUGAUGUGCUUGUUGUUACCAAACACGACAAGAAAAGCGUUGUCUUGAUGACGCAAAUGAAAGUCUUCUUGAAAAAAUUAUUUUGUAAACAUGAAGAGAACUCAAAUAAUAAAUAUUUAUAACAUAACUUUCCCUUAGUUGACGAAACCUUAGAACUUUCAUUACUCCUUUCUUUUCUGGUUUGUUACGUCUUUCUGAUAAACUGAAAUUUGAUAAUGUUAUUUUUUCUCUUCUUCCAAAAUCUCAUAAAUGAACUAAAGAAAGUUAUGGAAUGAUUUUUUUUUCAUAUUUUUGAAUGAAUGGUUAAUAUUUUAUUUAUGAUUGAUCAGCAAAAAAAAUUCCUGAAAUUUUCAGUCAUUUAUUGAGUCAUCUAAACAAAAAGAGAUUGCCAUAAAAUCACUUGGUAGCUACUAAAUUCUUUAACUCUAUUUUAAUACAUAAAAGAAAGAUAAAACUAGCACGUCAAUCGAAAAUUUCAAAAUCAAAAUCUACAAAAGUGUUGUCUUGUGAUUUCUCGUAAACUAAAUCAUGGCCUGCAAACAAUAGAAGAAAAUUAGAAUAUCUAAAUAGAUAAAUUAAAAAUUACAAUAAACAUCCACCUUCUUGAAUUACAGCCAGAGAUUUUGCUAUAUCGCCUUUAUUUGCACGA